AACUCGAGUGAUAGACCUUACGUUUGUACGACAUGUUUUAAAAGUUUCACACGAUCUCAUCAUUUAACUCGUCACGAAUAUUCGCAUACUGGCGAACGUCCUUUUAUGUGUGGUACAUGUGGAAAGACGUUCAUACGUAAACAUAAAUUAACUGUUCACAUCCGUUCACAUACUGGAGAGAAACCAUAUCUAUGUUCAGUUUGUUCUAAAGGUUUCAGUAGUUCAGAGAAACGAAAACUUCAUGAACGGAUUCAUUCAGGAGAGAAGCCCUAUCCCUGUCAUUUAUGUGAAAAACGUUUUAAAAGUAGUUCUCAAGUGAAGCGGCAUAUUGAAUCACAUAAAAAACAGCAAGCGAUUGCUGAUUCUGACGGGUUUGGAUGUAAUGUUUGUUAUAAAGUGUUUGUUUCUGAAUAUCAUUUAGCUAAUCAUAAAGCUAAACAUAAUAAAAAGAAG